AUGUCGAAGAACACUGGUUCCUGUAAGUUUCGUAAAGUUGAUGUCGAUCAGUUCGACGAGGAUAAAUACCAAGAUGAGUUGACAGAAGAACAAGCGGAACAAGGACCGAAUGUUAGCGAAGUGACCAACCUCCUUAGUUCUGGAAAAAAUACAGAUGCCUUGACACACCUCCUUAACAAUCCACCAAUGGUUACUAAAAACAUUACCAUGAAGGACAAAGCCACUCAAUUAGCUGUCAAAGUACUCAGUUCAUUCAGAAGCAGUGAAAUUGACCAAGCCAUUCAGUUGCUUGACUUUAAACAGAUUGACAUGCUUAUGAAGUACAUCUACUAUGGAUUUGAAUGUCAAACUGAGGGUAGCAGUGCCAUGUUACUAACUUGGCAUGAAAAAGUUUUUGCAGUUGGUGGUUUGGGAUCGAUAGUACGAGUGCUAACAGACCGCAAAAGAGUAUAA